AUGAAACUCGCAGUCACAGUAUUGGCAUCAAUCCUGUUUGCUUGCUCGGUUACUACAGCUACUCCAGUCAAUCCCAGUGCAACUACAAGUGCCGAAUCUAGCAUUUCAACCGUCACUCCCAGUGCACAAACUAUACCUUCAAUUGAUUUUAGUAAACUUUCAAACAAGGAUAUGGGUUUGAUUAGAAAAUACGCAAAGAUGAAGAAAGGUUAUGGCGAUGCAGAGAAAACACACAACUCGCUACAGCUUAAAAGACUUUCUCAACAAGAAUUGGUAAAACGGCUGAUUAAAGAAUAUGAAAAGUUGAUGAGUGAAUUUCAGAAUAGCAAGAAUCGUUCAAAGUACAGCAAGAAGCUCGAGGAACUUAAACAGGAACUUGAACAAGAACAAAAAACUCUCUAUGAACUUACAAAGAAACAGCGGAAUUUCGGCUUUUUUGGUUUUAAUUGGAGAUUCGGUAAAAUCGAAUUACAACUUAUAAAACGUCUGUUUGGGAAAAAUCUGUAUCAAACAGCCAGCUAUUACAUGGAACUUUUGGAAUCAAAUUCCGAGUUUGUGGAACUCGUCAACAGACUUGGAAGUUCCACAUCAAGCAAACAGUUAGGAUCUCAGCAAGGCUUUACUAGUGGAACCCAGAGUUCACAACAUUAUGAAAGUCCAUCAUCAUCAAGUGAAACAUCUGCAAUCCAACCCACUCAAACAUCAUCCAGCACAUAA